GCUGUUUCUAGCCACGUCCCCGGGCCACGUCGCUCGGUGCCCGCUGAGCUCUCGCCAUUUUCGGUUCGGUCCCCGGCUCCUCUCCGCUCCUCUCUCCUCCGCCGGCGCCAUGAACAUUUUCCGCCUCACCGGGGACCUCUCCCACCUGGCGGCCAUCAUCAUCCUGCUGCUCAAGAUCUGGAAGACCCGCUCGUGCGCCGGUAUAUCUGGGAAAAGCCAGCUUCUGUUUGGACUGGUCUUCACUACUCGUUACCUGGAUCUCUUCACUUCAUUCAUUUCAUUGUAUAACACUUCUAUGAAGCUUAUCUACAUCGCUUGCUCGUAUGCUACAGUCUACCUGAUCUACAUGAAAUUUAAGGCUACCUAUGAUGGCAACCACGAUACAUUCAGAGUGGAGUUCCUCGUGGUUCCAGUUGGCGGGCUGUCUUUUCUUGUUAAUCAUGACUUCUCUCCUCUAGAGAUCUUGUGGACCUUCUCCAUCUACUUGGAGUCAGUUGCUAUUCUUCCCCAACUUUUUAUGAUUAGUAAAACUGGGGAAGCAGAGACCAUCACGACUCACUAUCUUUUCUUUUUGGGCCUGUACCGUGCCUUGUACCUUAUCAAUUGGAUUUGGCGCUACUACUUCGAGGGAUUCUUUGACCUUAUAGCUGUUGUUGCUGGCGUGGUCCAGACUAUCCUCUACUGUGACUUCUUUUAUUUGUAUGUUACAAAAGUACUCAAAGGAAAGAAGCUCAGUUUGCCUGCGUAAGUGCCAAAACCAAUCGCCAGCAUCUGUCAUCCUGGAUGCUUAGACAGAACAAUCCUUACCACAAGCAAAAGGUGAAGAUGUUUGAGACAGACAGUCUCCCGCUCUUCUUGCAGAUCCUUGGCAGAUUCUGUAGGAUCAGAGAACAACCAGCUGACUUCUGUUUGAUGCAUCUUGCCUCUAUCUUUUUUUAUUACUAUGUAUAAAGAUUUUUUACAUAAAGAAACUUAAUACUGUGUGAAUUUAAUUCAGUGUGUAGUUUCAAUUGGAAUAGUUCCAAAAAGUAAGGUUUUGUGUGGUUGUUUAUGACUAGGAAUAAGUGCAAAACACUUCUUAUUUUCGAAGGGUUCUUUUUAAAUUACUGACUUAUUUCGGUGCACACAGCUGUGUGCUCACUGAUGGAUGGUAACAGUCUUCUCUUUGAUUUCAAAUUUCAUUCCACUGUAUUUAUUUUUUCCUCCCAGAAGUUGAAAGUUGGAGAUCAGCCGAAAUCACACUACAAAUAGCAGAAAAUUUUCUUGGGUAGGAUGUUGCCAUUUCAUGUCUAUCCUUGGUUAUAAUUUUUCUUUUCAUUGUAAAACAGGGAUGUCCCUAUAGAGUCUGCUAAUGUAUAUUGUCCUCUACCUCUGUUAACCUCCUGAAGACAUGAGCUUGAGAGUAUCUGGUGCCAAUGCAGGUUUUUCUGAACUUAGAGUCCAUUGCUUUUGUGAUUUAGUAGCAGACCUUUCUGUUUUUUUCGUUCAGAACAAAAUUGUUCCAUACCUUUUGGGGGUGCUUAAAGCUCGAAUUCUAUUUAAAAGCAACCUUUGUGUUGCAGCUGUAAGGAAGAACUUGUGAUAGUUGUCCAAUUGAAGUAAACUGUAGGUGGCAAUUUUUAACAAUGUCUACAACUUUUUUUAAGACAGAUACUUUUUUCAAGUAAUCUCCAUGUUCAGCUUUCAAGCAGUUUUAAAUGUGCCAGUUUGGGACAAUUAGUGUCAUUUUUAUAAACUUCUUCCACAAUCAGCAGCACCAAGUACUAUCGAUCAUCUUUACAUGAUUCCCUUUUUUAUUGUUGCAUGACUUCUCCUGUGUUACCAUCCUAAUAAACAUCUUAUGCAGUGGUA